UGGUUAUUAUACGUACUAAGAGUACGUGUAUUUACCUGAUUGGUAGAUUCGGUAUCAUUCCCCGGUCUGAGUGGCUCGCCGGCGUAGCAGCUGGAGAAAUUUCCGCGCGCUGAGGUGUCCGGGGCUGAAUAUUUGGCGCCGUUCCGAGAAUGACUCGAACGGUAUAUGAACACUUUACUCCGAAUCGAUCUUAAAAUACCUAUUACAAUAUUCCCAAACCUAUUGGGUACAUAAAGCCAGGUAUCAUCGCGCUUCAACCCCUUAACUUUUGGAGUUGUCUUUAUAUAAAAACGACUUAUUUAUUAUGGCUACCGAGAAUGGCACGGGAGAUACGGCUGACGGGGGUGAAAAUAGGAAUGGCGUAGAUAAUCGUGCCCGUCGACCUGCGAGUACACCGACAUCUAAUGCUUCGCUGUCAAAAAGAGCGCCGACCGAGUACACACCUAAAAUAACUUGGCAUGUCUAUGCUAAUUUCCCCCCAUAUAGAGUGGAAUACCAUACCGUUCACGAACGGAAGAGUUUAUGUGUCAGGUCGUGGUUUCUUAAUCCAUCCUCUAGCAUUAUAACUAAUACGUACGAACGACAAUUAUCCGGGGUAUUUUCAGGGAUGGGUGGACUUCAACGGAAACGUGAAGUUGAAAGAAUGAGGUCCCCUUAUCCUACUACUUUUCAAGAGACGGUUGAUGCGCAACGGCAGGCAAUACAGGGGAAUAAUUCUCGGAUGGCCGACCUACCACAUGCUGAGCGGAAUAGCCAGGUGAGGAAAAGGGGCUAUAACAAUCACUGGUUUGGCAUUACGCGGACUUCGGCCAUUAAGUCCAAUAUUCAAGUUCCGCCGGUCUACGUAGUCCUAGGAACAUUCCCCCGUAGCCAGGCCUAUCCACGAGAGGUGGUCGUAUUCAUCGAAGACGCCACACAAUUCUUCCGACGGCUCAGUUGGGCUACCUUCCGUUUGAGAGGCCUAAUGAGAAGUUUAUUUUCCCUCAGACACGUCACAGAAUUUAGGAUAUAUAAAUGUGAUGCGGAAAAUGGAACCCACGAAUCUAUCAAGCUGGACAGCGACGGUGUCGCGGAUUUGGGAUUGCUUUUGCAUACGUAUAAUCAAUGGCGUGUCCCCGACUAUAUGGCACAGGCCUGGGCAGACUGGGUCCAUCAGGUGCUAAAUAACGGUUCACACGACGUACUCAAGGGCUCAUACUCGCUCGAGCUAGUGCUAGGAUGGUCGGCGAAUAGAAUCUCAGUUGUAAUACUGUUGCCGGUACUACUGAGCUUAGCAAUUGGUAUCUGGUUGAAUUCGAGGGAUUGGUCAGAUUUAGCAACUAUACAGACCGCUUGGGGUACUGCAUCUUAUAUCGUGACGGCGGGAGGUAUAACUGCGGCAUUAUUAGGUAUCCUAAGCAGUAUUGCAGACAAAUGAUAGCCUACAAGAAGGUUCCGUCUCAGAAUCAGCAACUAUUCCUAGGAUUAUUAGUAGUAAUCAAUAUUUAUUGAUCUUGAGGAGUAAAAGUUUGCCUUCCACCUAGGCUUAUCUUUCAAUAUUUCAACAUAAUUCAACUAACCUAGUUGGAUAAUUAUUUCAUUGGUAGUGGCAAGAUAUUUGGGUGAUAUAAAGGAUCAUUUAUAUCCGUUUCUAUACUCCACCCCCCGGUAGCAAAUAUCAACAGCGGUGAAUGUAGUGGUCUACCU